GCAGGCUAGUCAAUCAGCAGCAAGGAAACUCCUACUUUUUGUGUUUGCCAAGUUCAGAAGUUAAUGGUUUACCGGUUGCCUGCAUUACUGGAAAGAGAGUCUGAAAGUGAAACGACGUAAUAAGCGAUGACUUGAUGGUGAAGAAAACAUAAACAAAAUGGAUAACCACAUACUGACAUACAAGCCCUCCGUCAAGGCAAAAGCCAAGGAUGCAGAUCUCAUGAGGGAGCGCAAAGGGUCUGUAGUGCGCCCUCGCUCCGUCAGCUUCAAAAAGAAUCAAGAGGGUGACAUGGUAACGAUCGACCUGUUCAACCAACCCAAAGCAGAGGAGAGGACCAAAGACACACUCGUGAACGAAAGUGACUUAUAUCUUGCUGCAACCUUCAUCAUUGAUGCCAAGUAUUCCCGGAACUACAAGUUCAUGACAGAUCCAGCCAGCUUAAAGAACUACCAUUUGUACAACAAUGUUUUCAUGCAGCUUGUUCUUUACUUCUUUGUGUUCCUGGACCUAAUGCUAGCGCUGUUUGAGGAACCCGCACUGGACAACCUAGGCAUGCCAUAUUGGAGCACCCAGUUGCUUGAGUUGGCCUGCCUGUCCUACUUUGUCUUUCGAAUGGCACACCAUCGAUCUUUCACCCCACGAAAAGUAUGGUGGACGGACGCCAAAAACAUCUUGUUGGUGAUUGCCAUUGUGAUGAUGUUAGUGGAUAUGCUUGUUGUCACCAUCCUUGUGGAAACGGGAGUUAUGGAGAAAGUCUUCCGCUGGUCCCGAUUGUUACGACCUCUCUUCCUGGUCAACUUCCCUGAAAUGAGAGAGAUCAGGCGUUCAUUCCGCAACAUCCGUCGCUCUUUACCUGAGAUCUUCGCUGUUCUGGUACUACUGUUUCUCUUUCUUCUCUUGUUUGCAUUGCUGGGACGUGAACUCUAUGCUGACGAUAACUUGCAGGAGGUCUUAUCGACAGAGAAAUACUUCGUUGAUUAUUUUGAAAAUAUCUGGGAGCUUUACAUUCUUGUGACUACUGCCAACAGCCCUGAUGUCAUGAUGCCAGCUUACGAUGCCAAUGGCUUCUACAUGAUCUUCUUUGUUGUCUUUGUCUUGCUCUGUAACUACAUCUUCAUGAGCAUCUUUCUUGCUGUCAUCUACAAGAACUAUCGCAAACAUUUAAAGAAUGAAGUGCAGACCUCGGUGUUCUUGAAGCGGAGGAAGUUGGCCAAGGCCUGGGGCAUCCUGUGUGUGACCCAUGACAGCAAGUUUGUCCUGACGUGGGAGCGAUGGCGGGCGGUCAUGGGAUACGUCCUCCCCAAGCACAGCCCAAUGGAAGUCAAAUUGCUGUGGAAAGUACUGGACGAUGAUGACGACGGCUUCAUUGAAAAGCGUGAGUUUCUGCGUAUCAUUGACCUGCUCAAUGUCAAACUGUCCACCGUCAACAGGAGUAAGCCACUCUUUGAGAAGUACAUACCUUCAUGUUACAACACGAGAGUCAGCCAAUUCAUCUGCAAAUGCGUCAAACACAAGUACUUCCGGUAUUUCUUUGACUUUGUGAUUGUGGUCAAUGCAGUGCUGAUCAUUGCCCAGCUUGAUGAAGCCGAGUGGGGUUUCCUGGCUCUCUUCAUUAUUGAGAUCCUGCUCAAGAUGUACGUGCUAGGCUUCUACAAGUACUUCCACAACUUCUGGAACAUAUUUGAUUUUGUCGUUGUUUCAUCUGCCCUCAUAAUAACCAUCAUUGAAGAAGUUUCAAAAGUAACAGCAAUUGAUUACACUGACAAGACCCUGGACUUCAUCCUGUCCCUACGAGUCAUGAGAAUCCUCAGGGUGAUACAAAGCAUUGAGAGGUACCAGGUCAUCAUAUCUACCAUAACAAACAUUGGGCCGUCCAUUUUGACAUUUGGUGGAGUAUUGUUUGUCAUCUUCUAUAUAUUUGCCAUCGUCGGAAUGGGUGCAUUUCGUGACCUGAUCAGUUACCAUGGCUACGGGCAAGUGGGCGAGCCAGUUGACCUACAGAAUCCAUACUGCGGGACAAAAAUGCCAAACUUCACCAAGUCGGAGUUCUACAACCAUCACUACUGCAACAACAACUUCAACAACAUCGCCAAGGCUUUCAUCGUGCUGUUUCAGCUGAUGAUUGUCAACCAAUGGCAUGUGAUAACCGAUGGCUUUGUCCUGGUCACCAACAAAGGAGCCAGGGUAUUCUUCAUCACCUUCCAUAUUGUCAUGGUCGUCAUCGUUGUCAACAUUUUCAUAGCUUUCAUUCUGGAGGUCUUCAUGGUGGAGUAUUCCCUGUCCAAGAACAAGACCGAAGGCGCUAUUGAAAAGAAGAUUGAUGAGUUGGGACUUGGGGUCGACCUGGCUGAGGAGAAUGAAAACAAGGCAAGCAGGCCAGUCAAGAUUGACAAACUCAAUCUGACGAGCGACGUAGAAGGACAGAACUCCACGGCCGUCGAUCACAAGCCAAGGGAUCCGGGAAUCCGCUUCCGUAUUGGAAAGAAAUCCAGAAAUGUACAGGUGUCGUUGCAGGCCAUGUUUGAAGGAGAACUGGACGAGGAGAACAUGGGACCGGAGGAACUGGACGACAUUGAUGAAAUGAAUCCGGAUGAGAAUGAGCCCAUAGCCUACACUCUCAAUAAUGCUCUCUAAAUAGGAUACACUCAUAGAGCUAUGCACUAUGGGCUCCGUGUGCAAGUGCCCCCUCACCGGCAAGAAAGGGAGAGUUGGGGGACACCACUUGGAGUGACAUUUGAAUGUAUCGCCGACGACGCCUGACGCUCAUGCGAAGAUGCUUUGUGCACAUUCAGUAUAUAAUAACUUGUGCGUACUGCACGCUAUAGAGUACCGAAGUGAAUACAUCACGCGCACAAUUAUGUGUGUAAAAGACAUUAGUGCGUGGUUCAGCCCGUGAACCAACACGUGCGUGUACUCCAUUCGUUUGCACUGCAUUUCCUGGUUCAAAAUUACGUCACACUUCGGUACUCUAUAUGUGCUCAAACAAUUACCCACAACUAGUGUGUGCCGUACAAGGGGCUCGCAAAAGUGGUAACAAAACGCCCUCUCGUUGGUGCACGGAGCUCAUUGUUAAUUAUAGGCUUCCUUAGUUACUUUAACACGUUCGUCAUUCAAAUUUCAUGGAAGGAUUUAAUUUUGUUCCAGAACGUCGUCGGCUCCAUUCUUAAUUCUGAUUUCGUUUUUACGCGAAUAGAUUUCAUAGGAAAGAAUUAGGCCACCACUCAUGUUUCUAAAUAUGACCUGAAAGGUACCAAAGGUUGUAAAUCUGAUGAGGGAACACUAUUUAAUGGAGUGCAAAAAUUCUUUUAUAUACUUUUUAACUUUUUCUGUCAUGGCCCAUAGACUUUGUGCAGGAGGUCUGAGUGGUGGAGUGUAAUUCGUGUAUAUAGCAUUCAAAACCAGUUCAAACCUGUCGCCAAUUUCCAGUUGAACUGGUUUCAACUGGAAUUUGCACUUGGGCACACAAGCAACUUUAACAAAAAUCAUGCUAAUUUAUCAGGCAAUGGACUGUAUAGCAAAUUUGAACUGGUUAUAGUUAACGGGUUAAGUCUUUUGUUUCUUUUCCAUUUUUUCAUACAUGCCAUAGCAAUCAAUAAUCAGUUCAGUAUUAAAGUAAUGAGUGUAUUAUUUAAUAGAAAAGAGGCUUCUUUUUUCAUAUAUACUUCAGUGUAAAUAUGUAAUGUGCAUUUUAUUAUGUCAAUAGCAUAAUCAAAGCAAUACUUGAAAAAUCACAACAGUAUUUGAGCACUUUUUACUAUUUCGUAAUUACCAGUAUUUUGUGACAUAUAGCCGACCAAAAUUGGCCAGUAUUUAAUCAAAUUAUAUUAAUUUUAGUAAUGUGCUACUGCUCAAGGUAUUAAUUUUAGACAACAGAUAUAUGUUACAUCUUUUUCCUAUUAUAUCCUAUUCAUAUCUUGGAAAGUAAAUCAGUUCAAAGAGACCUGAGAAAUAUAUAAUGUACCAUUUUCGUCUUUAGUUUGCUCAUUUUUUUUACCUGCCAUGGCUGGGUUAAAUAUUUUUUGGGAGAUGAGUCGAGAAUGAGUCUCAUGGAAGUGUACAUGUACUCAGCUUUUAAAAAAUAUUUGCGGUCAAUUAUUUUUCAAAAUUCACAGGUGAGCAUGAAAGUUAAUAUCAAAAUGUAUUUUGUGUAUCAUGGUAUGAAAAGGGCUUCCUAAAGUAAUUCUAUAUUUUACUCUGGACAGCUAUAGUCAUAAAUUCAGAUCAAGUUAAUUUUUACUUUCAUUAAAUCUACUUUCUGUAUUUCAAUCUCUUCUUUACCACUGCAAUUUGAUUCACCAUCAAAAUAUAUUGUAAAAAUUUAAUUCAAAUAAAAAAAACAAAUGAAGUAUUA